ACUGUCAGAUGGUUGUUGGUUGGUUUUGGUUUUUGGUUCAAUUUGUACGACUUUCCUUCUUGUAAACAACACCAAAUUUAUUUAUUGUUUUUAAUUUUGUGCAAAUUAACUCAACAAACCCAAACAAACAAAUGAAAACCCUUUUCUAAAAUUAACACUAAAAAAUGCUACGCCUAAAGCUAUGACUAAAAAGCCAUCUGAAAAGAAUAAAGCUUGGGAAAAAGACAGACGCGACCGUCUCAACAAAACAUUCGAUGAGCUAGCCAAACUCUUGCCAAAGUUCGAUCCAUCUGUGGUUUGGAGCAAAAUCGAGAUAAUCCAGAAGGCAAUAGCAUUUAUUGGCGAUUUACAUAAACGUCUGGAAGAUUAUCUCACAGCCAAAGAUCCUGAGUUGCUCAAAGAAUACAGGGAAUUUGUGAAUUGCCUACGAUUCUAUCAAGAACGCAAUGCACAGUUGACAGAAUUGCUGAAGAAGGCAAAGGUUACUCUGCCACCACCGCCGACACCGGUUGCAUUGCCCCAAUUGCUUGUCAAUAAACCAGAACUACUGCCAAAGCAAGAAAAUGCCGAGGUUAACGAGAUGCAAAAGCCAAAAAGGCAAAGAAAUCGCUCGAAAAAAUCUAAUAAUGCUGUUGCUGAAAGUAAACCUGAAGAAGUCAAGGAAAAGGCGGAGAAUUCUUCUUCUGAAAUGACUUCUGAAAAAGUUGAAAACAAACCAAUUAAACCGGAAGUAGUAAUAAAACCAACGGCAAUCAUCACAGCAUUUGGUCGAGAAGUCUUGAACCCCAAUGAAGCACCGAAAGCUCCAACACCUCAAACUCAACUUCAACCACCUGUGCCUGCAAAACCUCUCCUGUUGCGUGUGCGGAAACCUCGAAAACACCAUCAAAGGCUAAAACUUAUUCCAAGGCCAAUGUUCCGCAAAUGUUAUCCCCAUCCAAGUCGAAUGGCCAAAUGGGCUUUCGACUCUGUGUCGAAUAGAAAAUCCCUGCUCCGUCAUCGACGAAAUGAGGCCAAAAAAAGGAAGCAGCAGCGGCGGAAGGAAAAAUCAUCAAAACGUCUUAAAGUUGCGUUCAAUCCAGAAAUUGUUCAGCCAGAGCAACUAAGAGAACAGUCAGUUUCUCCAACCGCAGCGUUCCUCCUUUCCUUUCCUGUGGUCACAUCAUCGAUGUUGGGUGGCAAAAAUGUCGAGAACACCGAUAGUUCAGUGAAUUUGGAGAACCUUAAUAAUUUUUUCACUACUGAGGAGUACAGCAAAUUCUGUGAUCAAAAUAGCGUCGUGGGUGAGAAAAUCAUUUCGCCUCCGCUGCCAGUGGAAGAUAAACCAUUGGUGAAUGAGAAACCAAUGACUGUUUUUACCGUUUCUGCCAUAACACGUCCGUCGGCACCGAAGAAAACACUAGCCGGCAAUGGGAUCCGUACAAAUGGUGGAAUGCCCAUACCAGCCACGACCACAAGCUUUGAUAGUUGCUUCAAUUUCAACAACGGAAAUCCAAUGAUUGGCUCGACCAGUAUGUGUGCAGCAACAAACAAUCAGCAGAUCACAUCGAAACAAUAUUCACAGCCGAACCUACCCUUCCCAAUUGUCACAGCUUAUCCAUCCGCAAUAGCUCCGUCUAACAAAUUGCCUAUCAAGCAAGAACAAACGACUUUAGUUACCAAUUCAUCAGAAAAAUUCUUCCCAAGAUACAAUCAUUCAACGCCGAAUUCAAUUCGAAGCUCAUUAGAAUCCCCAUCGAAACUCCUGAACCCAUCACAGUCAAACGUCACUCCCCCACAAAAAGACCUGACAGGUUCAAGUCGUUCUAACUUGCCUUUAACCACAAAUUGGUCAGUCAAACAGUCGGAAACACCCAGAGGAAAAUCGAUUACUAAUCCAGUCUCGUACUCAAAUGGUUCCGGUUCCAAACCUUCAUCAUCAUUGUCUAUAGCAGCAUCCACAUCACAUUCUGGAACCCUCAAUUCAAAGGUUUCUCCUGCAUCAAAGUCUACCAACAAAAUGCCUUUUUUGUCACCAACGAAAAACUUCUUUUACGAUUUUCCCACUCAAAACAGAACUACUUCAUCUUCUGUAUCUGUUCCUGGAUCUGGAACUGCUGAUCCAUUGAUAUCUGCAACUGCGCCUUUGAAAACCAACAAUUCCGUAAAAUCGGAAUUUCCUUGGACUCCUCCCAACACAUCGAUUCCGAACACGUCAUGCAAUCAAAAUGCACUCUUCACUCCAUUCGAUCUGGCGACUAUUGUGUGUGAUUCGUUGACAUCUACAAAUUGUACGUUCUCCCUGACCACAGCCAAGUCCACAGAACCCUCUGUGGUUGAUGCGGGUAAUAAGGCACCAGCCAAUACUCGAUGCAAUCAAAUGAAUCUUUUCCUUCCAUACGAAGAGGCACAAUAUACGCCAACUUACAACCCACUUACACAAACCAAGUCGUCUACAGAGAGCCAAAUGCCGAGGGAGUCAACCUCUUGGAAGUCGCUGGAGAAGCCAAAGGACGCAGCUGCUGCUGAUCAAAUCUUCUACGACUGCGAACAAAGUAAACCUCAGCAAAAGUCACACGUCAACUGGAUGACAUCUCCCACAACAACCGACUAUACCACGGCGGCGGCGCCAGCCAGUGCCCUCCCCUUGCCUCCGAUGGACUUUGGAAACCAGUUCACUGGUAGCUCCACUAAUUUCGACCUUAGCUUCAGCUGCAGGAAGGAUUCCUAUGAUGAUGACAAUCAAUUCAUCAACUGGUCACCGACAAAGCCCUUGAAUGCGGAUUUCUCGGCGGCCUACAAUUUCGAGAACUUUGGUUCUAACGAAGCGCCUCCCAACAAGACUGUGAAGCAGAUUUUCUCGGUAAGUCAGUUGGUGGACCAGACACCAUCUCAACAAGAAAUGGCUUCCUCUCUUAAGAAGGCUAUGCCAAAGGCACCCGCAGAGAAAUCCACUUCGGCCAAACAGUCAUUCUCCAACAUCUACUCCGCUGAAUCUCUGAUAGCCAAGAAGGAUAAUCGUUUCUACAAUCCAGCUGAGUCGCUCCCGAAUACCCAAACUGAUUACCAUAACUCUAACAGUUACUUCUUCAACUAUCCCACUACUCAGAACUGCUCCGAGAACGACUAUCUCGGUGCUGGUUCUUACAGUACUGCUGCAUCACAACAACCAGUCAAAGCAAGUUCAAUGCACUCAACUGUUUCGGUAGCUCCAGGUGCAGUAGGAGUAGGAGUAGGAGCAGGACCAGGAGCUAAUCCGACAUUUGACAGUAGUUCUGCUGCAACAACUUCGAACAACUUCUUCUCCCAUACAAUUUCAUCCAACAACAAUGAUCCCUACGAUCCGACCUAUUUCCCAAGCAGCAACUACAAUCAAAGUUGGAAUCAUGGAAGUGUUACCAGUCAUGGAGUAGCGAGCAAAGGUGGUACUGCUGGUUCAUUGAAUAUCUUCAAUCAACAAGGCCAGUUUGGAACGUUGCCGUUACCGUUGCAAGAAACAGCAUCAUGCCAACAGCAGCAACAACAACAACAACAAAAUUCAAAUGUUUCCGGGAAUCUGACUAAUUUUAAUUUAAGUUCCAUUUGUCCAGAGAUUGAUGGAAAAGGUGGACCAAAUGUCUGGUGAUUGGAUUUUUGUUUUUGUUUCCUUUUUCUGAAGAAAUUAAAAUUGUAAUUAUGUAUAUUUUAAUAUAUUUAAAUUUAUAAAACAAAAAUCAUUAAACAUUUGUAGGUUUUUAACAAAGCAA